GUAAGUCGUCUCUCACAGAAAACUAAAUUUUGCUUAGUAAGUUUUGAAACGUAUAAUAAACAUUGAUCCGUACAGUUUUGUUCUUGAUUUCAAAAUUAGGGAUUUUUUUCUUUCGUUUCCACCGUUACUUAUUGAAUUUGAGUCAUAUACUCCUCUCAGAUGAAAUUAGGAAAUAUUGAAGAAUUAUAAGCUAAGAUUGAGAGUUAAUAGAUAUGUUUACUUUUCUUGAUCACAGAUUGUUUUCUUCAAGAAUCACCAAAACCUGUUUCAUCAAGCAUGUCGGCUAAAAAUGACGUGACAGGUAAAGUCAUUGCGAUUAUGGGCGUAAGUGGCGCAGGGAAAUCUACCAUAGGUAAAAUGUUGGGGAAAGCUCUAUCUUGCGAUUUUCUUGAUGCUGAUGAUUUUCAUUCUUUAUCAAACAGAGGUAACAGAAUCGAUAUUACUUUUGACGAAUCUGUUGGGAAAAUUUCAUGUGUUAACACUAAUUGUUCAACUAGAUAAGAUGCGUCAAGGCAUUGCUCUUUCAGAUGAAGACCGAAUGCCAUGGCUUGAAAAAAUACAAGAGAGUUUGCGAAAACGUUUACUCGAUGGAGAAACCGUUGUUCUCGCAUGUUCUUCUUUGAGAAAACAGUAUAGAGAAAUCUUGAGAGGUUCUGAUCCUGAUUACAAACCGGGAAGCUAUACGAGUUGCAAGGUUACGUUUGUUUUAUUGGAAGGUAAUGCAGAGGUGAUUGCUGCUCGGUUACAGAAGAGAGCUUCCGAGGAAGAACAUUUCAUGCCUCUUACUCUUCUUCAGUCUCAGUUUGAUCUGCUUCAAGCUGAUGAAUGUGAAAAGAUAUUCAAAAUCAGUGUGGUUCUAAGCCCUGAAGUUAUAGUCAAUACAAUUCUUGAAAUGGUAGCAAAUUCUUUGAACCCUUGAGGUAAAGACUUGUGAAAUUCUCAGCACAUAGUAUUGUUACUAUUCAUCUUUGUAUUCUACAUAUAUAAAUAAGCAAAAUCUUACUUCCUGAGUAUUCAAGUUUUAUUGAACUCUCAUAAUAAAAAUGGUAUUGUUU